AUGGCAAAAGGUAGCCAGUAUCUACCUGGCCUGGUAUCUGACCUACCCCCCGCCCCACGUAAUUUCACCUGCUUCUGCUCUGGAGACCAGCCGGUAACGGUAAGACCCCUCACAACCUCCCACCCACCCUCAUGUCACACGUCACCCCUACAUCACAUACCAGUGUACUCUGCACGGCACCUCUCCCAUAAUUCCUUCCUGCAAACACCAUAGAUGAAUCUCAAAAGUACUCGAUCCCAUCCUCUCCCCACCUCCUUCACAGAUCUGACUAGGGGAAUCUUGGGAGGGGAGAACGCGAGGAAUCGAGGAAGGACUUUUGAGAUUCACCCCAUCUUGUAUAGGUCAAAAAGUGUGGUGUAUCGCUAGGUGGAGCCAAGGCAAUGUUAUUAGUGAAAGCUGGGUUAGCCUGUGUUGCUAAUUAGCAGAGUGGGGUUCAGUGCUGUGCUGCCAGUAAAGCUUAUUGUCUUAAUUAGCGCAUCGCUAAGCCCGUAGCGCUCCAAUGGAAACCCCUUGUAAAUCCCACUGGCUCUCCCAGGGCCUGUUAGCACUGCUUGAAUGAGCCGCACGGAUCAGUCGCAGAUCCACACAUCCACAGCAGCAGCCCUGGGGGGAAACUGUGGGCCUGCCUGGCCUGCUUGUCUCCUCACAGGCUCACAGUGGGUCUGUAUCUGCAGCCAUACUGUGUAUGGUACACACACAAGCGUGCGUCGCACACACACACACAGGGUUUAACAUGCGUCUGGGGCAUUUGUCUAAUGACGCUUAUAAUGUAUUCAUGUUGUUACAGUUAUUAGAAAAGUCUGACUUGCCAAUCAGAAAACAGAUGAUCUGGAGUCACCAAAAAACAUUGACUGACUGACCAAUUUGUGUGUGCUUUCGAGAUGUCUUUUAUAUCUGUGUGUAUAGUAGAGAUUACAGUGCUGUUUGUGCACACAGCUUUCCUAUCUGUUCCUGUGUGAGGAUGAGAUAACUACUCGUGUGUGUUGUAGUUAUUACUAACCUGUUUUCUUUGUCGGUAUGUGUGUUGUAGAUAUCAUUAACUUGCUCUCUGCCUGUGUGUAGUAGUGGAUAUAACUGGAAAUACAUUCUCUCUCCAUAGAUCCCAGACAGCAUCAUCUCCAGGGGUGUGCAGGUUCUUCCUAGAGACACAGCCUCUCUGAGCACCACGCCCUCUGAGUCGCCCCGCGCACAGGCCACCUCGCGCCUCUCCACCGCCUCCUGCCCCACACCCAAAGUAAGACACUUCCUGUGCCCUAUACUUACACCUACCCCACUGCCCAUCCAUCUAUCCCUCCUGUACCCUAUACUCACCCAGCCUCACCCAGUCCUCUCACCUCCUAACCCUCCCUCCCUCCACCUCGCUGCCUCUUCCCCUGCCUUCCCCCUCGCUCUGUCCCAUCGAUGCUGGGAGGUGAAGGCAUAUUGCUCCUCAACUCCCUCCCUCUCCUCCAUGGUUUUAGGGGAGGUCCUCUAUUGGAUCCCUAUGGUUCCGUAA